GAGAUGAGGUGUUCUCAAUCUUAAGCCAAAACACUACAAAAGACCAUUUCUAUUUCUAUUUUCUUUUCACAAACAACAUUUUCUAAUCUAAUCUCUUCUCCAAACUUUUCGUUCAUUCUCAAUGCAAAUCAUUUCCCUCAAUUCUCAUAUCAACACCCCCAUUCUACUUCUCAAACACCCCCACUCUUCUUCUUCUUCAUCAUCCCCACAACAACAACCUCAUCAUCAUAACCCAAAUUUCCACUCCAACAAAAACCAAUCUUUCCAAAACCCCACUUCAAAAAAACCAUUUUUUCACCAACCCAAUUCAUCACUUUUUCAAAAUCAUAAACACAAACUCAAUAACAAACACUCUUCUUUACCUUCAUUGAUGUUAUACUAUACCGAAAAUGCCCUUUUUCAUCAAGCACAAACCACAUGGGAACAACUCUUAAACAGUUCCUUUAACCCCUCACUCAAUUUCAUUUCCAAAUUAUUCAAAUCUUACUCAAAACAUCGAAAAUUCGAUGCAAUAAUCGACAUUCUCCAUUCUCUAAAUUCGAAAAAUUCCGCCUUUUUGCCUCAAUUUUACUUAUUAGCUAUCUCUUGUUUUGGAAAUGCAGGUAACCUAAAAUUGAUGGAGGAAACAACCAAUGAAAUGGUUUCAAAGGGUUUUCAAAUGGAUGCAAAAACUGGUAAUGAAUUUCUUUUGUGUUAUGCUGUUUUUGGUAGUUUGAAUGAAAUGGAAAAUGCUUAUGGAAGGUUUAAAAGAUCUAGGUUUUUGAUUGAGGAAAAUGUGAUUAGGGCAAUGGCUUAUGGUUAUAUAAAGAGGAGAAAAUUCUAUGAAUUGGGUGAGUUUGUUAGAGAUGUUGGUUUAGGUAGGAAAAAUGUAGGGAAUCUUUUGUGGAAUCUUUUGUUGCUUUCUUAUGCUGCUAAUUUUAAGAUGAAGAGUUUGCAGAAAGAGUUUCUUAGUAUGGUUAAAUUAGGGUUUCGUCCGGAUAUUACUACGUUUAAUAUUCGUGCUUUGGCAUUUUCGAAGAUGGCGUUGUUUUGGGAUCUUCAUCUUAGUAUUGAACAUAUGAGAAGUGAAAAAGUUGUUCCUGAUUUGGUUACUUAUGGUUGUGUUGUGGAUGGUUACUUGGAUAGAAAGCUUGGGAGGAAUUUGGACUUUGUUUUGAAUAAGAUGAAUGUUGAUGAUUGUCCAAGAGUGUUGACGGAUCCGUUUGUGUUUGAGGUUUUAGGUAAAGGUGAUUUUCAUUUGAGUUCGGAGGCGUUUUUGGAAUACAAGACACAAAAGCAUAAAUUGACUUAUAGGGAUUUAAUAAAGAAAUAUCUUAAGAAACAUUAUCGGAGAGACCAGAUAUUUUGGAACUAUUGACUAAUUUGUAUGAUGCACGGAUAUAAAGGUCGGAUGAAACGAUGGAAAAAUCUCACACAUGUUGUGCAGUUGGUCAGUUACACUGUGUGCAAAGCAGGUGUACACAACUCUGACAAGUGAAGAACGAUAUAUAGCUGAACGAUAUAUCUCCGAUUUUUGGUGAAAAAUGUAACAAUAUACAGCCGAACGAAACAUGUUCUGUACCAGAUUUAAUUGAGAAGUUCAAGAGGUAUGCAAGAGUUUAGCGGGGAUUCUUUUUCUGACUUAUUACAAGGGAUGUUGUCUUGCCUCUGUAACAGUUACAUCGGAGCUACAGGAAAGCACUAGAGGGGCAUACGUAGGUGUUAUUGCAGAAGAUUUUGAAUAAAUCGAUUAAAGGCUUUCUGAUGUUGAAAUUCAGAAAAGGGGAGUGUUUUAGAUGUGAUGAGAAAUGUGAUCCUAAUCAUAUGGCCUUUGAAGUCAUUGGUGGAUCUCUGUAAGCAGCCUUUUAUGAAGGAACGACUGAGAAGCGAGUCAUUGGAGUAUGUUUUAAUUGGCUGUAAGUUCGGCAAAAUCACGGUGGCAGUGAAACUCCAAAGUGUGACUUUGCCAAAAUUAUAGUAGCUCUUAUUGACAUGUGUGCUGAACUGUAUGAACUAGAUUAGAAUGUAAAGAAAGUAAAAAAAAUUGGUUAAUCACAAGAUACAUGAAAUCUUUAUUCUGUCCUUUUGUGUUUACGAUUUUGAUUCAUUUUAAAAUGAGAAACAUAAAAAGGACAGAGUAAAGAUUUAAUAUAUCUUGUAACUAUGAGAUUAACCAACAAGAAUUUUGCUAAUGUCAUAGUUAUACAGUGGCUGAAUCGAAAUCGUAGAAUGUCCGAGUAAGCAACAAUGAAGAAGUGAACGGCUACACUGAAGAAUUUUGGACAUUCAUGCAGUGAAGAAGUUGCAGCUUUCUGCGAAAAUUUAUCUGAUCUUCCCUAUCUGAAGAUGAAGAUACUUGAAGUAGGUACCGUAUUAGCUUUUAUCAUCGUCUUUUAUCAUGUAACUAGUUGAGUACUCGCGAUGAUUCUUACAAAUAAUUUUAGGACCUUUUUAUUUACAAUGAACUCAUCUGUGACAAAUAAAGAUCUUAUUAGUCAGAUAAUGUAAUUGACUCUCUAAUCAUUGCUUUUUAUAGAUUAGCUCCUUCAUUACAUGCUUUUGAGUUACUGUUUUUUUUGCUCAAAUGUUCAUUAUUGUUUCCAAUUAAUUAUAUUAUUAUUUCUUUCAGCAUUUUUGUUUUGUACACUUCAGUUUUUUCGAAUCAGUUGUAAUCACAAAAGUUGGAGAGUUUAUUC